UACGAACACUGCCUCGUUUGCUGCAUGUGGAUCGCCUUAGCAGCCUUAGCCACUGUCGGGGCCCAUGUGGUCCCUCAAAACGCUCACUGUGUCGUCUACACAGACAGCUGCGGACAGCUUACGAUUUCCCUCAUCUUUCGUAUCACGCCAAUUCCCGCUAACUUAUCUGUCUUUGGAAAUGUGGAGGUGGUGGAUAACCGCGUGACCGUGUGCAGAGACGCGGUAAAAGGUGCCUGUAUGCGGCCCCAGUGUAAAUAUUACCACAUACCGGUGGCAUUGCCGCCGGCACCCUUGAUGGCUAUCAGCGCUUCCUCAAGCUCCUAG